AUGACCUCAAGAAUUGGACCCUGGAGGUCAGACGCCCAGGGUCACCUGUCUAAAGACCCCAAUGGCGACCUCAAGACCGAUUACACCCGCUGGCGGUUGGUGAACGAAGAAGGUCGCCAGACGUGGCGGUACCUUGAAUCCGAUGAAGAGAACGCCGCCUGGGUACAAUCAGUUGCUGAGAAAUACCAUUUAGGUCUCCCAACUGGAUUGCCAAUUCUGCCUGAGGCCAAAACACCGCUUCAAGCUGCUGAGAAUGGCCUGUCUUUCUUCUCACAUCUGCAAUUAGAGCCCGGUAACUGGGCUUGUGAGUAUGGUGGUCCUAUGUUCUUGCUGCCAGGGCUUUUGAUCACUUGGUACGUGACCAACACUCCAAUUCCACCCGAGUAUGCGACGGAGAUCAAACGUUAUUUGUUUGCCCGUCAACAUCCAGAGGAUGGCGGUUGGGGUCUGCACAUCGAGGCCCAUAGCUCGGUCUUCGGUACUGCUAUGAACUACGUUGCCUUGCGUCUGGUCGGUGUCAGUGAGGACGAUCCUCGUAUGGUCAAGGCCCGUGGUCUGCUGCACAGUUUCGGUGGUGCUGUCUACGGUCCACACUGGGCAAAGGCUUGGUUGAGUAUCUUGGGAGUUAUGGACUGGGACGCUGUUAACCCUGUUCCUCCAGAGAUCUGGCUUCUCCCCGACUGGGUGCCCUUUGCUCCUUGGCGUUGGUGGAUUCACAUUCGUCAAGUGUUCCUUCCAUUGUCCUUCAUCUGGUCCAAGAAAUGGUCUCACCCCCUCAAUGACUUCACACGACAGCUCAGAGAGGAGUUGUAUACUCAACCCUACAGCUCUAUCAACUUCAAAAGAUACCGCAACACGAUUCAUGCUGCCGAUAACUACUACCCAAAGACCUGGCUUCUGAAUACUCUUAACGAGGUCCUAGUUCACCUUUGGAACCCCUUCCUUCGCAUUGGCCCCAUAGUCAAACAGGCCGAGGCUUGGACCUGGAAGCUGAUUCAGAUGGAGGAUGAAAAUACCGACUACGCGGGAUUGGGUCCCGUUAGUAACCCGCUUAACAUGGUCGCCUGCUACAUUCAAGAGGGCCCCGAUAGCUACUCUGUCCGUCGGCACCGUGAGCGACUGAACGACUAUAUGUGGAUGAAGAACGAGGGUAUGCUCGCAAACGGAACAAACGGUGUCCAGGUGUGGGAUACAACUUUCGUCACGCAGGCUGUGGUUGUCGCCGGCUUCGCCGAUGAUCCCAAGUGGCGGCCGAUGCUUACGAAGGCCCUCGAGUUCAUCGAAGACCACCAGCUGCGUGAGAAUGUUCCCGAGCAGGAGAAGUGCUACCGUCAACACCGGAAAGGUGCUUGGCCCUUCAGUACCAAGACCCAGGGAUACACCGUCAGUGACUGCACAGCUGAGGGUCUUCGAUCGACCAUCCAGCUCCAAGAGAUGCACAACUUCCCGAAGCUUAUUUCGCUGGAGCGCUUGAAGGACAGUGUAGACUGCCUGUUACUAAUGCAGAACCCAACUGGUGGUUUCACCGAGUACGAGACCACCCGUGCAUCUCCCAAGGUCGAGUGGCUCAACGCCGCCGAAGUUUUCGGCGGAAUUAUGAUCGGUUACGACUACCCAGAAUGCACUACAGCCUCCGUGACCGCACUGUCUCUCUUCAGCAAGUUCUACCCCGACUACCGCGCCGACGAGAUUCGCGUGGCCAAGCAAAAGGCCGUGGCUUACAUUAAGCGCGUCCAACGCGCCGACGGUAGCUGGUACGGAUCUUGGGGUAUUUGCUUCACCUACGCCGCCAUGUUCGCACUGGAGAGCUUGGCCAGCAUCGGUGAGACAUACAAAACCAGUGACAACUCUCGCCGGGCCUGUGAAUUCUUGAUCGAAAAGCAACAGGCCGACGGUGGCUGGGGUGAAUCCUACCUCAGCAGUGAAAAACACGUCUACGUGCAGCACGAGAAGUCGCAGGUGUGCCAGACUGCUUGGGCUCUGUUGGCCCUAAUGGAGGCCCAGUACCCUGACCAAGAGCCUCUCAAGAAGGGCAUCCAGCUGCUCAUGUCGCGCCAGCAGGCCAACGGCGAGUGGUUGCAAGAGCUCUAUUGA